GAGACUUUGCCCAGCCGGAAAGCAGCUCGCUGCCACGGCACUUUACGACAGCGGCGGUGACAGGCCCUGGGAACAUCUGACUUCCCCCCUUCAGCUGGGCGAAAGCCGACGUGAUGUUCGGGGCCGGAGACGAGGAUGACACCGACUUCCUCUCGCCGAGCGGCGGUGCCAAACUGGCUUCUCUUUUUGGACUGGAUCAAGCAACUAUGGGCCAUGGAAAUGAAUUCUUCCAGUACACAGCCCCAAAGCAGCCUAAGAAAGGCCAGGGAAUAGCAGCAACAGGAAAUCAGACAGCACCAAAACCAGUAACAGCCACCACAAGCAGUUCCUCAGUGCUGUUUGCAACUGCAGUGUAUGCGUACCGAUAUGUAAAUAGUCAAUAUGCAAAGCAGGGCAAAUUUGGAGCUGCUGUCCUGGGGAACCACACAACCAGAGAGUAUAGGAUUCUUCUUUACCUCAGUCAGCAGCAGCCAGUGACUGUUGCUACAAUUCAUCUGAACUUUGAGCUAAUGGUUCGGCCCAAUAACUACAGCACCUUUUAUGAUGACCAGAGACAAAACUGGUCUAUCAUGUUUGAGUCAGAGAAGGCCGCUGUGGCGUUCAAUAAACAGGUGUGUGUGGCCAAGUGCAAUAGCAUUUCUUCCUUGGAAACAGUGCUGUGUCAGGACCUGGUUGCAGCAGAGGGCCCUGCUGUGGACACUGGAGAUUCUUUAGAAGUAGCCUAUACAGGCUGGCUCCUUCAGAAUCAUAUGCUGGGCCAGGUUUUUGACUCUACCUCUAACAAAGAUAAACCACUUCGCCUGAAAUUAGGAUCAGGAAAAGUUGUCAAGGGCUUAGAGGAUGGACUACUGGGCAUGAAGAAAGGAGGAAAGCGGUUAAUUAUCAUUCCUUCAGCCUGUGCUGCUGGCUCUGAGGGAGUAAUAGGCUGGACCCAGCCAGCAGACUCCAUCCUGGUGUUUGAGGUAGAAGUUAGGCGGGCCAAGUUUGCCCGAGAUUCUGGCUCUGAUGGCCACAGCAUGUGCUCCAGGGAUUCUGCAGCCCCCUCCCCCGUACCCACUGCUGACAGCCUCUCAGCUGAUUCUGUUGUGACACCACCUGCAACACUGCCUCUCAAACCCGGGGAGCCGGUUCUUCGUUCCAAAUCUAACUCUGUCAGUGAACAGCUUACUGUAAAUGUAAGUCCUGAUACAGUCAAGGCCAAGCUGAUCUCUCGGAUGGCUAAAAUGGGUCAGCCCAUGCUGCCUAUCCUUCCACCACAGCUGGACUCCAAUGACUCAGAAACUGAAGAUGCAAAUGUGUUGCGAGGGGCUGGGCAGCCCCCAGUGACGCCGCCCAUUCAGUCUUCUCUUCAGCCGGUGUUACCACAGAUGGCCUCACAGGCACAUCAGCCAUCUGUUUCUGGGCUCCAAACACCCUCUGCUGCCUUGCUGCAAGCUGCACCCCUCGAUUCCCAUUCAGCUGUAUCUGGAAAUGCUCACAACUUCCAGCCCUAUGCAGGUGUGCAAGCCCACACAUAUCCCCAGGCGACCUCAGUUGCCUCCCAGCUGCAGCCUGUUCGGCCCUUGUGCCCGGCACCACUGUCUCAGGCUCCCCACUUCCAAGGAUCAGGUGACAUGAUGUCCUUUCUCAUGACUGAAGCGAGGCAACACAACACUGAAAUUCGAAUGGCAGUCAGCAAAGUGGCUGAUAAAAUGGAUCAUCUCAUGACUAAGGUUGAAGAGUUGCAGAAGCAUAGCUCUGGCAAUUCCAUGCUUCUUCCUAGCAUGUCAGUCACAAUGGAAACAAGCAUGAUUAUGAGCAACAUCCAGCGAAUCAUUCAGGAAAAUGAGAGACUGAAACAGGAGCUCCUUGAGAAAAGCAGUCGCAUAGAAGAGCAGAAUGACAAGAUCAGUGAACUCAUUGAACGAAAUCAGAGGUAUGUUGAGCAUAGUAACUUGAUGAUGGAGAAGAGGAACAACUCACUUCAAACAGCCACAGAAAACACACAGGCAAGAGUAUUGCAUGCUGAACAAGAGAAGGCCAAGGUGACAGAAGAGUUAGCAGCAGCCACUGCACAGGUCUCUCAACUGCAGCUGAAAAUGACGGCUCGCCAGAAAAGGGAGACAGAGCUGCAGGUGCAGCUGACAGAAAGCCUGAAAGAGACAGAUCUUCUCAGGGGCCAGGUCACCAGACUCCAGGCUGACCUCUCAGAGCUCCGAGAAGCCUCUGAGCAAACACAGUCCAAAUUUAAAAGUGAAAAGCAGAGCCGCAGACAGCUGGAGCUCAAGGUGAAGUCCCUGGAGGAAGAAUUGACUGACCUCAGAGAUGAGAAGGAGUCCCUGGAAAAGAACCUCUCAGAAAGGAAAAGGAAAUCAGCUCAGGAGCGCUGUCAGGCCGAGGAGGAGAUGGAUGAGAUUCGCAGGUCACACCAGGAGGAACUGGACAGACUUCGGCAGCUCUUGAAAAAGGCUCGAGUAUCCACAGACCAAGCAGCUGCAGAGCAGUUGUCUCUCGCACAGGCUGAGCUGCAGAGCCAGUGGGAAGCAAAGUGUGAGCAUCUUUUGGCCUCUGCAAAGGAUGAGCACCUGCAGCAGUACCAGGAGGUGUGCGCACAGAGGGAUGCCUACCAGGAGAAGCUGUCUCGCCUUCAGGAUGAGUGUGUAACUCUUCAGGACCAGGUUGCAGCCUUAACUGCACAGAAUGAGCACAUCCAGCAACUGGAGAAGAAUAAGUCCCAGGCACCUGCACUCAGAGCUGCCGCUGACCCCUCAGAGAAGGUCAAGAAGAUCAUGAACCAGGUGUUCCAGUCACUGAGGGGAGAGUUUGAGCUGGAGGAAUCUUACGACGGCAAGACCGUCCUGAGCACCAUCAUGCAUACAAUCAAGAUGGUGACUCUGCAGCUGUUGAACCAACAGGAGGAAGAACAGAGAGAGUGCAGCAGUGAGAAGGAGGAGAAGCCUUUGAGACCUUCCUUGGAGCAGCCAGGCCUUGCCACUCCUGGGCUGUCUCCAGCACCCUCAAGUGGGGAAAUGCAGGAGGCCCCCAAGGUUCUGCCAGAACAGGUAGCAGGGGAGACUACCCCACUGCCUCCACAGGCUCUCCCCAUGCCACAGAAUGGUGUACAGACAAGGAAAGGGGAGCCCUCAGACCCAGAGGCACCGUCAGAAAUCAAAGACAGUUCUCUCCCUCCUCAGCCAGCUGACAUCCCACCCCACAGAGUCCUCGGGCCCCCGACUUCAAUCCCACCUACACCUCCAGGACCUGUAACUGUGAACUCUGAGUGUGAGGAGACACUUGAUGCUGGCCAGAGGACAGUGCAGCCCAACAGCCUACUGGGAGAAGAACAUGUCAGGGAAGUAGCCUCAGAUGGCACACUACAAGGAAGCUCCAGGAGAUUGCCACUGACACCAGACCCUGCAGAGGGGGAGCCAUCAGCCUUAGACCCUGAAGGCCAAGGAAGAGAACUUCAGCCUCCUGAGCUCAAAGUUGAGAGUGACAGUAGUUCUGGUCCCCGUGAGACAUUGUUAGACACAGAGCUUGCUUCUGUGGCUGCAGGAGCAUCCCUUGGACACACCCAGGACUCCCAGCACUGCAGUCUGUCUGGGGAUGAAGAGGACGAGCUGUUUAAAGGGGCAACUCUAAAAGUUCCGAUGCCCAAAGCCCAGCCCGAGGAAGAAGAUGAAGAUGAGGUGAGCAUGAAGGGACGCCCGCCCCCAACACCCCUUUUUGGAGAUGAUGAUGAUGACGAUGACAUUGACUGGCUGGGGUGAAGACCUAGGAAACAGGCAUGCAGGUCUCUCUCCCAGUCCUUCCCUAAGCAGGAUUUUGCACGGCUGGCCUCAGGUCUAGGUGAGCCUCAGGGUGAGGUUCUGGGGACCAUUCUGAGGACAGUGGUUCAGGUGUCUGAGUUAGCCGCCAUCUAAGCUCCCGCCUGACCCGGUGAAGAGGAUCAUGAACUUGUCUGCAGAACUGAUAUUGUAAGAGCCCUCAAUGAGUGGCCCUACCAUGAAGGAAGGGAUGGCAGGGUCAACGGCAGCCAGUCACAAGCAUCCUGCCAUCUCUCCCUAGCUUUUCAUUUCACUCAUUCUCAAGUUGACCUGUAAGCCCUUCCUUCUCUCUCCCAGGGCUCAUCAGAGCACUGCAACAGCCCUGUAGGCUGGGAGGGGUCUCCUCAGAGAACUGGAAGAGUGAUCAUGCUGGCCUAGCCUGUGGCUCUGGGGCAUGUAUCUUCUGUCUCUGCCUUAAAUCUUAUAGAAGAGGUCAGUGGGUAUUUGGAACAAGACUAAAAUAAAUGUCUAAAAUAAAACUUGAUUCAGGCCCUUGGGGAGAAACGGAGUUUGGUUUCUAGGGUUGUCAUUCUCCUCCUUAAGAUCUUAAGGGUGGGAGGUGUAACUGGGUCAGUUCUGUUGGCAUGUGUCCUUGAACUUGAUGUUCAAAGAGUCAGAGCUGCAUAAGGCUGGGUGGGGCAUGAUAGUUAUCUGAGGACCAGUCCCAUCCUGUACUGAUUUCUGUGGGAUAUACUAUCGGCUAAGGAGUCAUGCAGGGAAGGCAGGGGUGCUAAUAUCCACUGUUCACGAUAUCUGAGGGAUUCUUCCAUUUCCUGUGAGCCCUGAGGGCCAACACUACUGCAGAGAGCAGUGAGAAAAUACUUGUGGCCUUUUACUUAUUCUAGGAUCUUCCAAAGACCAUGUACCCAGUCUUCAAAAAUAAUUCAAACAAAAUAUUCCAUGAUUUUAAAUAUAAGACUGUAUCCUGAAUUCCACCGUGUUUGGCCCUUAUCCUUGCAGGCUUGGUGCCUGUCUCCCACAUUUGGGCCUAGGAAGCAUCGAGAAAGACUGUAUUAAAUGGUUAUUUAAACAAGUUACUUUGCCCUCUAAGCCUAAGUUUUCUCAUCUAUAAAACAUGGAUAACAGUGUCUUCAGUGGCUGGUGGCAAUGAGACAGUCUGUAUACAGUGCCAGUUACUACAGAAGACACUGUUAUUCCCAUUUUUUAAAAUACUACUUUUUAUUUGAUAUGUGUGGUUGUUUGGCCUGCAUGUGUGUCUGUGUACCAUGUGUACACAGAAGCCAGAAGGCAGUAGAGCCUCUGGAACUGGGCAUUACAGAUAGUUAUGAGUUACCAUGUGGGUGCUGGGACCCAGGACCAGAACCAGGUCCUCUACAAGAGCAACAAGUGCUGUUAACCCCAUUUUUAAAGAAAAGAAAACAGGCUUAGAGGAAUAAGCCGUCCACAGUUAUAUUGCUAGCAAGCAGGACAAGAAUUCUGUCCUACUCUUGUCCACCAUCCUUGACCGUCCCUGGGUUGAAGGAAGACGCUAAUGCUUGGCGGCACCACUGGCCCUAGGGCUGUGCAUCUCAGUGUAGAGCCAUUGCCCUAGAUUUGACUCUAGCACUAAAGAAAAAAGAAGACUUCAGGCUCCUGGGCCCAUUCCAAAUCUGCGAGAAUUUAUAGGUACUGUGGAAACAGAGCACAGCCUCAUCUUCAGUCUGAGUCCACUUCUGUAUACCACAGGUGCUGUGUGACCUCUGCUCCUCAUCUGAGCCCCAGCUCUGCUGCUCACCCACAGGUGACUGCCUCAUACCUCAGCUUCCUCUGUCUGAGAUGAAGGCAGAUAGUUCCUGUAUGGGAGUGAGGAUUAGAUGAGUCAGUAACUGCAUAAAGUGCUAGAACUGCCCAGCACUUAGUCAGCCCUUAUGCAACUAUUUGUUUUUCAAGGAACCACCUUUUGAGACUUGGCUCUGAAAAUGUUAAAAUGAAGACAUAUGUUACCAAAGUCUAAUCAUAUAUUCAUUCUAUAGACCAUAGGCAAAAAAUUUUUAUAAAGAUCUCUACCCCCAAAAGCUUCAAAUAUCAUGACUGUAAUAAAAUAGUAUCAAGCUGAGGAGCCUGUCACUCAUGAAAAUGUUCAUCCCAGCAGUGCUGGUCAGCACAGGCUGUCACAGCACCACUGAGACUGGGCAGCUCUGCAGGUUCGGUGUCAAUGGAGGGAAUGCAGCACGCAAUCCCACAGGUACCCUGUUCUGACUUCCUGUGCUCUUGCUCCAUACUGCAGGUGGGAAGAUGACCAUGGCCUUGUGUCUGCCCACUGGAAGGGAGGUUGCUAACUGCCACGCCAACACGGUUGUUUAUGGUCUGUGUGGCAGUUCUCUUCUUCCAGCAGGCAUGUGUUAUAAUCAGUAACUUGAUGCAUGGACCUAACAUGGCUAAGCUGGCACUCUGGGGUCGACCUACAGGACAUUUCCAGUCUCAGUUUCUCUGCACAGAGUUGUCUCUAAUACAUGCAGUCUUAGUCCUUGUUCUCACAGAGCGUUCUCCAACUCCUACAUUGGGAACAUUUAGGGUUAUGUACUGUUGGAAAGAGAAGAGACCAACAAACAGACUGUUCAAAAAUAGAAAUUUAUUAAAGCGUAUUUGUUUUUAACUGCCAAA